AUGCCGACAGAUCAGCAGUCUCAAAGUUCUUAUGUUCAUACUGAACUCAUUUCACUCAGUCCAGUAAGCAUUUAUGGCCGUUGUGAAUCUUUUUCCUUCAAGUUGUUCGAAAUGGAUGAAACUAAUCGGCAGGCGUUUAUUGAAGAGCGUAUUCGACAUUAUUUCAAUCAACUCACUGUUGGUUGUGGCGAUUCUACAUGCCCGAAUCAGAACUGUGCCUCGUCACCUUAUUUCGCACACAGGGGUAUUGAUAAUAACCGAGCAGCUGCAUUGUCUCUCCGCCUUCUUGGAGACUCGGAGCCUAUGUGUUUUCGUUAUUCUAACUCUUCAAACCAAAAUUAUACCUCGGCUCAAGAAUUGGAUAAUCGUCAGGCUAGAAAUACGGGGGCCCAAACUAGCACUGGAAAUAAUGAACUUAUGGAUAUGCCGGAGACUUCCAUUGCUCUACCAGUGCAGGAGGGAAUGGAUGCUGGCGAUCCAGAUCAGGUGAGGAUUGGAGAUGUUGAAUUUCCAGACACUCUACAAAGUUCCACCUCAACCUCCUCAAUCAGCGAAAUCGCACCUGCUUUGAGUCGUUUUCUCCUCCAUAUUUCUGAAACAUCACCACCUACCGAAGCUUUGACAAAUGAGAGUGCAAUUCAAACAGAUCCUUCUCGACAUCACUACUUUUUGGAUUUACUGGAGAGUAUUACCAAGAGAAAUAUGCCUAAAACUGAAGAAGGAGAGGAAGAUAAUGAAUUUCUAUCUGCCUCUACAAAUAUUGUCAGCAAACGGGUGAAAGGACUCACUUUGGCUGAGGUGCAGGAGUGUAUCGAAGAGUGUGAAAGAUCCAAUCAAUGGACCCCUCUUUCUAAACUUAUCAGUGAAGUCUUUUAUUCUCUCACAGCUCUUGCCAACUCCUUCCCGCGUGGAGGAGUAGGUGUGGAGAAAUCUGUUGAUAUUGAAAUGGGCCCUUCUAAGUCUUCUUCAUCCAAAACUGAAGGUUAG